AUGUUCCUUCGCCAACCUCCGGAUCGAGGUACCUCGGAUCACCAAACCUCGGAUACCCCAACUUCGACGGCUGCCAGUCCUGCGGUCUCGGAUACCUCUACCUUACCGUGGACCGAGUACAAAAGCUUGGCAGUGGCGACUUUGGCCUGCACGGGGGGGGACUCUGGUGGGAUCUCAAAUUCGACCCUUCCAUUGGGGCCUCCUCCAAUACUCACUCCGGACGUGGACCAGGUCAGUGACAACGUUCCAGCCUCGGACCUGAGUGAUCCUAUCUUGCUUCCGAGUAACCGGAUCGAAGCGUCGAGCUUGGUUGACCGAGCGACGAUGGACGCCGCGAUCGAAUCGAUCUUUUUUUGUCUGUACCUACAGCAAACUGUCGUGGAUCGAUACCAGAGUAUGGAGUCUGCCUUAGCAUAG